AUGGAUCGACGGAAGUGGAUGAAGGGGUCCACGAAGUACGUUGGAACGACAAUAGUAUCAUAUUCCAGUGGUUUUUCCGGAGAGGAAGAUGAGGUUGAUGCGAGUGAUGAUAACGCUGAUAUUGAGUCUAUAAUGGAGUUGGAGAUGGUAGGGGAAGGGAAGAAGAAGCAUUGGGAGGUGAAGGUCGUGGCUAAAUCGACUGUGUUGGUGGUUUCAAUUCCAGAUUCAAAGUUAGAUAAAGAAUGGUGGUUCGACGUGGUGGAGGAGGCGACUGAGGUGGUAACGGCGGCUGAGCAAUCAAUUGUGAAAUCAUAG